AUGAUCAACCUUGUCCAGAACAAGAUGUUCCAUGGAUUGCCAAGUGAAGACCCCAUUGACCACCUUGAUGAGUUUGAUAGGCUUUGUGAUUUGACAAAGAUCAAUGGUGUCUCUGAAGAUGCCAUCAAGCUGAGACUCUUUCCUAUGUCUCUAGCUGACAAAGCUCACCAAUGGGAGAAGAGCUUGCCCCAUGGCACAAUCACCACUUGGGAUGAAUGCAAGAAGGCCUUUCUUGCUAAGUUUUUCUCCACCGGUCGCACAGCCAAGCUUAGAGGAGAGAUAUCCAGCUUCAUCCAGCGAAACAAUGAGACAUUCGCAGAGGCUUGGGAGAGGUAUAGGGAGAUGCUAGACACAGCUAGCAAUGGGAACUUCCUCAACCAGGAUGUAGAUGAUGGCUGGCAACUUGUGGAGAACAUAGCUAACUCAAAUGGAAGCUAUGGAGAAGAGUAUGAUCGCACCAACCGGAGCUCGACCCACCACUCGAUCGAGUCAGACGAAAAGUUGAGAAAAGAUGUUAAGGCAUUGAAUGAGAAGUUGGAUAAGCUGAUCCUAGCUCAGUCCACAAUGAAGAAAGUCAACUUUGUGUCUGCUGAGGAGAUGGAACCAGUCCAAGAAGGGGAGGAUACACAAUUUGCUGAGGUGUGCUACAUGAGCAAUGGGCAAGGAGGUUACAACAAAGGAUACUAUAACUACAAGUCCAACCCUGCCAUGUCAUACCGCAACACUGAUGUUGCUAACCCUCAGGACCAAGUAUAUCCUCAACAACAAGCAGCUCGAUCGAGUCAGGUGCCACAACAUGGGUAUGGUCAAAAGAACAAUUACCAAGGACCACAAGGCACUUUCCCUGGACAACAAAUGAAUAUCCCACCAGGCUUCCCCCACCAACCGCCCCAGCCUGCACCUUCACAAGAGAAUGAGCUCAAGGCAAUGCUAAAGCAACUACUUCAAGGGCAAGCUGAUGGGGUAGUGGACACAAGCAAGAAGCUAGCUGAAAUAAACUCUAAGAUCGAGAACCUCAACACAAGGGUUUACUCUCUGGAGAAUCAUGCUUCUUCUGUUGCUGCUGCUACAAAGCAAGGACAACUACCUGGUAAAGCUAUUCAGAACCCCAAGGAACAGUGCAAGGUCAUCUUCACUCAAGAAGGACUUGUUGAAGAAGAGGAUCAAGAAAGGGUCAUUGAAGAUUUUUGUUUACUGCUGAAUGAUGAAGAGAUUGUUGCUGCUGAGGCUCCUGGAGUCCAGAUUGAUCAACCAGAAGUGCAUGCACCUACUGUGGCCAUUCACACUUCACCAGUUGAGCUCGCACGACAAGCUCGAUCGGCAGCUCGAUCGAGUCCAACUCUAGCUCGAUCGAGUCCGACCUCUUCUGUCCGACAGCCUGUUUUGCUUGAUCCUUAUCAACCGGUUGCCGCUUCCUCGUCUCGCCUACUUAGUCAAGGUCACAAGGAAGUGAUUCACAAGUUCAGAAGAGAUCUCAGUGGGAUUGGAAUUGAGUUGCCUCCUAUGGAUAGCAUGAUUCAACCUGCUUACUUCACCCACCUUCCUACCAAAGGUCAAGAUCAAGGGAAAUUCACUCUCCCUUGCACACUUGGGCAUCUUGAGAUUGACAAUGCCUUAGUGGAUUCUGGAGCAAGCAUCAAUCUGAUCUCUCUCUCCAUGGCAGAGAAGCUAGGCAUUGCUGGAGCCUUGCAGCGCCCUACUACUUCAAUCAUGUUUGGAGAUGCAACUUCUAAGUCUCCUCUUGGAGUGUUCAAGAACUAUCACUUGAAAAUUGGAGAAUGCAUCAUCCAAACUGAUCUCACUGUGAUGGAAAUGGAAGAAGAGAAGGAUUUACCUCUGUUAUUGGGAACCCCUUUCCUUAGUACAGUUGGCGCUUCAAUAGACUUUCACAAGCAAGAAGUGAUCCUUCACAAGGUGAAUAGUUUGGUGUCAUAUCGCUUGCAGCCUAGAGGUUCAGACUUUUGUGCCACAAUUGACAGUACCACUCUCAGUUCUAAGAGUCAUGGAGCUACAAAGGUUGUGAAGGAAAGGUUGACAAAGAACCAAGAGUUGGGAAGGAUAAGGAUGAGAGAGGACCAAGGAUUGAGAAGCCACGUCUUGAGAGGGCUAGAGUUGAGAAACCACGUUCUGAUAGGCCAAGAGCUGAGACUUGUUCAAGCCCCUUGUGUGCUUGAUGAAGAGAGCCUUCAAGCUUUGUUUGAUGAGCCACUAGGAAGGGCUCUAAAAGAAGGGGAGGAUGUAGCCUCUAAGGCAAGACCAGGGAUAAAAGAAAGAUCCACCAGCUCAGGCCCCUUCAGUCAAGCCAUCUCAGCUCACAAUGACUUUGUUCCCCACCAAGUUUGA